AUGACAUUUGACGAUUCUGCGCGAAAAUAGGUUAAGUUCUAUUUUACACACCAAAUUAGAUAUAAUUUUAAAUUUAAAAAAGCUAUAAUGCAGGUAAAAUGCCGCAGUGCGUUGCCCUGUGAAACAGUUAGUUUACUAAACUAAAAUAUGACUGCCUAUAUCCAAUUAGCUUUAAUUAGUAACCGUGCUUUAUAAAAAUAUUUGCAUAGGUAGUUUGAAAAUUCGAUAUUACCUGGUUCAACCAGGAAUAGGCAACCAAUAUAAUAAUGGCUGUGCAAAACAAAGUUCUAUAUGCUUUCCGAGGCUGGAUAGCUUUUGUGGCUUUUAUGGAUUUAGGUACUGCCGGCCGGUCCUACAUUGAAAGGCGGUCCUUCCUUAGUAAUAAUGUUGAUAACGAACACUUUGACGACGACUAUUCGACAUCCAGAAUGCUGGGCAUGUACUCGUUGCUGAAAGCGUUAGCUCUCAUACACUGCACGCUAUACAUACAUUACAAACCGGUGGUGUCGAUGGGCUACUGGUCUCUGACUCUGACGAUAAUAAUGUACUUCACUGAAGCCUUCUAUUUCCACUCGACUGACCUUAAUUUUUAUGUGGUUUUCCCGUGCAUUCUCAAUAUAAUAACACUGCUCGGCUUGAUAUACCUACCCAGCAAGCUGAAGCUGUUCAGCAGCAUACCAGGAGUCUCCGGCAUGGACCGGGACCUAGAAGACGAGAACACACAGAUCCUGAGACAGAUGGGCAACUUCCGGAGGAGAAAGGCGCCUAAUAAGAACAAACACGUGUGAUAUGUAAGGUAUUUGCGACUCUUUCGUCAUAAUGUAAUGUCGUGUUUAACUCUGGAUCAACCUAGCGCCAGAUUUUUAUUAAUUCCUUUUAAUAGCGACCUCAGGAAAUUAUUCUAAACUAGAUAAUUGAUUAUAUAAGUAUUGUAGUUUUCUACUGGACACAGCUGCCACAAUCAGUGGCCACAAAAACAUUUUUUUUAAUAGAAAUAAAUAGAUAUAUAGGGACAAAUCACACAGAUUGAGCUAGUCCCAAAGUAAGUUCGAGACUUGUGUUACGGGAUACUAACUCAACGAUACUAUAUUUUAUAACAUAUACAGGGUUACUGGUAUCAAAACAAAACCUCCUAAAGACUACUUGGGUACAUCAAAACAAGCAACUUUUAUUCUACGACUUUUCGUGAUUCGUAUUUUUUUUUUUCAUAUAAAAAACAAUCUUAAUUUGCGAUUCUACACAUCUUAACUCUAUGUAAUAGCCGAGCAACACGAGACAGUGCAGUAGCGUUACGUAGCGGAAUCGAACAUAGAGUUAACGUUUUAUAGAAAAGGCAAAUUUUUAUAUUUAUUACGUUUGGAUAAAAGACGUAGAACAAAAGAUGUUAGUCUCUAUGUACCUUAUGCGCCUUUGGAAGUAACCCAGUGACCCUGUAUAGAUAAACAUCUAUCUAUUAAGAUGAUAAAUCCAGUGUAGCCUAAUCAGAUUGUGCCCUAGAUUUUAAAUAUAAAAACAAAUGUUAAAUAUGUCGUGGUGGCGAUAGGUCGCAUGGGAGCGCCCGCUUAUCCAAGAAGGUAUACUAUAUCAGGCAGUAUAGAAGAUUGGAUUUUUUUGACGAGUCUGUUACACAUACCGUGUAUCUAUACUAUUAUUAUAAAGAGGUAAGCGUUUGUGAGUUUGUAUGUUUGAUCUCCGAAACUACCGAACCGAUUUAAAAAAUUCUUUCACUGUUAAAAAGGUACAUUAUCCAAGAUUGCUAUUGGCUGUAUUUUAUUUCAAAAUUCCCACAGGAGCGAAGCCUCGGGCAAUAUCUAGUUAUAUAAUAGUAUAUGUUGACUAACUCUGUAAAAUUUGUCCUUUAUAUGAUCUAAAAUUACCAAAUUCAAUGUGUUAACAUUUGGCUAAAGCCUGGUCACGUAUUGAUUAGUGUUAAAUAUCUGGUUAGUCACUGAUUAAUGCAGGCUCAAGUAUUUAUACUAAACACUUCACACCUGCGCUUAACAUUCGCACAUGCGAACUGCGAUUCACACUAUUGUCACUCUAAAAAGCGGUAACUUAAUUGUAUUUCUGCUGUACUAAAAUAGGGUUUAUAGGGGUUGAAAUAAGGGGUAAGCUUCUGUCCCGCCCCGGUACCCUUUUCGUGCGCAAACGGGUCGCCAUCUGUGUCGAGCUUUUCUUAAUAUUCUCGGCAUCUGAGCAAGAACGCGAACGCAUGUAAUCCUAUCUCUUUUCAGCAUUACAGUUGUAAAAAGAGACAGAAAGACAUUCGUUGUAGACAUAGUAUGCUUGAUUAUAGUUAAGUUUCCCACUUCGCCUGCAAUUAGAGCACCAUAGUUUGUAAAAAAAAAUAGUUUUUUAUAACCGAAAUAUAUAAUACAAAAACAACAUUUUAUAAAAUAUUUUAGUAAUAUUAAGAAGUGUUCGGAGAAGUUGGGUUAUGAAUAUAAUAAAUAGCAUAUUAAAUCGUGUGUGAUUGGCGGAUAUCAAAUCUAACUAAUAUUAUAAAUGCGAAAGUAAGUUUGUUUGUUACCUUUUCAAGCUCCAUCUACUCAACCAAUCUUCUUGAAAUUUUGCAUACAUGUUUGAGUUAUGGAGGACAUAUGGUUCACGCAGGCGAGGCCGCGGGCAAAAGCUAGUGAUUUAUAAUAAGCUCUGAAAUCUGUUUAUACUCCAUUUGUUUACAAGUAUUCAAAAUCUUGAUUAUUUAAAUAUUUUUUUACAUGAUUUAUUUGUUAAUUUUUUACAUGGUUGUUGGAUUGUAAAUAUUUCAAUUUGUUUGUUUAAUUUGACAUUAUUUGGAGCCACUCUCACAUUUCAAUAACAUGACGUGUCGAGAUUGUUUUCAUUUGUUUAAAUACAAAGUAUAUGUAUUUCUAUCCCUUUCAUCGGUAGCCCUCUCUUUCCGCGCUGAAAGGUAUAACUAUACGGUGGGUACACGUGAUACCUAUGUUUAUACUUCGUAAUACUCAAGAAAGGGAGGUCUUCUUAGCGAUGAAAGAGAUAGCAAUACACAUACCUUGCAUCAAAAAGUUAUUACUAGCUCCAGUACUGUUUAGAGCAUCAUUCUAACUAAUAUUAAAAAAAACGGAAGUGCGUUUGUUUGUUACCUCCUCAUGCUCAAUUAACUCAACCAAUCUUCUUGAAGUUUUGCAUUCAUCGAUUUUGACGUAGAAUAUUUAGUAGUUGACGUUUUGUACGGAGAAGGGCACAUUUCAUCCGGGAAAAAUAACUGUUCCCGUGGGAAAUUAAAGUGCGCGAAGCCGCGAGCAAAAGCUAGUUUUUAAUACUUAACGUCCAGGGAUAGAACACUGACAGACAGCGCAUGCAUAUCAAUACAGUUAUUUUUUAAUAGUUUUUCUGGUACGGUACCCAUUUUAUUUCUAUCGAUAAAUCCGCCUGUGUGCCUUUUGUUUGUUGUUUGAUAAUUAUUUUCUUUUGUAUGUCGAUUUGUUUUCAAAUCCAUUCCAUUGGCGAUUUUUCGAAUUAUUUUUAAACCCAUUUUAGUGUGUAAUAUUGUCAUUUUAAAACUGUACCUAAUUGUAAUUUUAAAAGACUUUUUAAUCCGUUUUCUCAUUAAUUCUAGUCUUGUAACAUAAGUCGAUCGAUUUAAUUAAGUUAAAAGUGUUUGAAUCUUAUUUAUACUAUUUAUUAUUAUUAAAGGCGUGAUCCUUUAAUAAAAAAUUAUAGCACACUUCUGACGCUCCGCUCCCCCCCGACAUGGUGACGUUCAUUGAAAAAUGAGCUUUAAGACGUCCACUGCGGACAACAAAUUAGCGGAAAUUUCGCUGUCAACUCUAGUCUUGUCAAUGUAAAGUAUGUAUAUAGGGGACGCGUUAAAGCUCAUUUUUCAAUGAACUUCAUCUUGUAGGGUAAGGACGGUACGGUAGAAGUGUGUUAUGACUUUAUGAAACCAAGCAAAACUAUUAUUAAUAUUAAAAUGCACCACCUGUCCCAAAUAUUGUAAGUGUUGGUUGGUACAGUCAAGUAACCCUUCAAAGAUAUCUAUGAAAUGAUUGCCCAAUUAGCGCGAUCAAUCGCGUAAUAGAGGUGAUUUACGCAUACGCAACAUCAGGGACAGGUCGCAUAGAUAGCGUAAUUUCAAACGACGUGCUUUUCGUAGUGACUUGCGAUUAAUUAGCAAUAAGUACUGAAGGGAACUAAAAAUGUUUAAAAUAUUAUAAUAAACGGAACCGAUACAGAUAAAUGUAGAUUCAAUCGAUUUCAAUAUUUUCAGUUUCCUACAGUUUUCGUUUCAAUUGAUUCACACGAUACUUCCUAGGUAUAGUAUUAACACAGAUAUAAUUAAUUUAUAUACGUACUAUAAAUGCAUAGAUAAAUCUCUGGACGAGGUACUACAGUCGCUGACAACAACAAUGUGCCCGAACUGUUUUUGAUAGUUCCAUUGCCAAGACUUCUAUCGUGGUACCGACCCUAGGUUUGAUUAAAUCAAAAAUUGAAAAAAAUUUCGUGAUAUUUUCGAAGACCAUUGCUCGACCCAUCCACCUUAAUUUCUGAACAUCCCUGUUAGACAGAGAAAACUAUAAACAACGUCCGUCGUCUGUUCCGCUCAUACAAGAGAAACACGUAUUAGUAAAAUACGAGAAGAAACGGGACAAAGUGCUUAAUAUAUUUCACCCCUCAUUGUGUGUCCGGUUUUACAACGCAAUGUCCCAUUGCUCCGUUACGUUGACGUCCGUCGACGAAUCACUGCAGAACAAUGUGAUAAUUGUAUGAAAUUUCGUCGCAAGUCAAUGCCAGUGAGAAUGCAAUGGAGCUGUAGCUUGUUGCGUCGCAAUAUCGCAAAUAUCUUGCCGCUUUGUGUGAGGAUGGGCCGAGAAAUUGUAUGGGAAUGUUUAAUCUCAUAUUAUGACAACGGUAGCCGGGCGUUUCUCAGUGUUUCGACCGCUGCUCACGCGCUGUAAUUACAAUUUUUCAAAUUUUAAUAAACACAAGAAUUAGUUUUAGAAUCUGACUUUGAAAUAAUUAAUCUAUAUUAGUACAAAUGUCGAUUUUGUAAAUGAUUCCUUCACCAAGGAAAUUGAUGGAUGGUAAUGACAGCGCGGCCGCAACAGUCGUAGACACGCUCUGAGAAACACCGGUUCCUUAUAGUCUAUAGUUUUUUUGUCAAUUGCCGUCUCGCGCCUAUUUGCCAAGUUAUUUGGCAUUUUAGAAAAAAGGAGCAGUAGUUUCAAAAAAGUUAAGUAGUAGUAACUAAUUAACUCGAAUGCGAAGUGUAGACGAAACAGUGGGAUAGCGGACCCUGGGCUCCGAGGCUCCACGACUGAAGAAGAAACCGGGAAACGCUCAGACAUGAGAGAGAGUUGUAAAAAUUGUAUUGCUAAACAUUAUUUGGGUGAAUCAAUUGAAAUGAUCUAUGUGAAUAUAGCGAGCGGACCACUUUGACUAGUGCCAUAUCAUUAUAGGAAUAAUUAUUGUUACAUUUGAAAAUAAAUAAAAAACCCGUUUGAAUA